CGAAACAAACGUAAUGUUGCAGUUUGUGACGGAUGUCGCCAGUGUGGAGUACGCUUUUCCCGCAUUCUUGGUGCAAACUGCAAGCCACAUAUACGCAAUAUUGCCGACAGAGAAUGCGGCGGCUGUUGGUAGAAUGCAGUAGUUUGACCGGUUACAGAAUUCGGUGAGGUUGAAGGAAAGGUUGUCUGGUGAGUGAGGAGGAAGGUUUCUAGAAUUUGAGCUUGUGAACUUCGAAUGUGAGCAUUUGUUAGGGUAGAGUGAAAGAGAUGUCCAAUCCAAUGUUCACCUGGUAGUUUCUCACAUGAGCUGAGAUCCGGUGUCCAGCUCGUUUCUCCGGUCAGAGCUCAAUGGCGCAUGACAAAAUCGCCAAGUAUGAGAGUUUCGUGGACACGCGGCUGAAGCCGGAUCUCGUGUCUGCGAUGGCUGCAAGGGACAAGGUUAUGGACAGACAAAGAGUCUUUACCGACCUCGCGAAGAACAUCAGAAUGCUGCAGGAAAAUGGGCUGAAGAAAAUGCGGACGAUGGUCAAUUUGGGGUCUGAGGUUUAUGCUCAAGCGGAAGUGCCUGAUACCUCUUCGAUCUUCGUCGAUGUCGGAUUGGGGUUUCACGUAGAGUUCAAGUUGGACGAAGCUUUGGAAUUUUGUGGGAACAAGCUGACAUCGCUCAAUAAAGAGGUCGAGGAGCAUACGCGGCAAAUAGCGAGCAUCAAGGCACAAAUUAAACUUGUUGUGGAAGGCAUUCGAGAGUUGAUGAAUCUCCCAGAGGAGCGCCGCAACACUCGCAUUUCAAGCUUUUGAACACUUUCCAUCGUAGAUAUAAUUACUCUCUCUCGAGGACUAUUGUAAAUCAGCUCGGUCAGCGAUCUUUGGGCAGGGGGGGCACGGAAUCUGUAGCCCAGGAAGGGUCUACAGAUUGUGAGGUACAGAUUGUGUAAACGCGGUUGAGAAAAAAUUUUCGCCUCCGGCGCUACAGAAAUAGCUGGCGGGGAGCCCCCCAACCCCCCACCAGAAAAAUCCUGGCUCCGCCACUCUUUGGGUCAUUCUUUUAAAUAAUGACAGUUCAUGAUUUACGUAUGA